AUGCACAGGCAUGCCCUGCUGGGGGCACUGCCACCCCUAAUUCUACUAAUUCUAUCAGUAGAAUGCAUGAAAUUCGAUCCCGAACGGAUAGCGGCUCGUCUUCGAAUCGAUGAGAAAUGGGAUCAACUCGACGCGUUUCAAUCCGUUAAAUCAAGACGAGGUCGGCAGAUUCAACCGAAAGAAAUUAGUAUUCAAGUGAGUUUUUUUUUUGGGAAUCGAAUUGGUUUGUUUAACGGAGACAGACAAGGUCAUCUUUUUUUUGUAACCGCUCCCCUAUUCUCCAGUCGUCUUUUUGACUAUGGAGCAUCUGCUGGUGAUGAAGAACUUCCUCAAGCAUUGGACGUUGGCAAGAAACUCGACUUGGUGCAUCCACUUCAAUUCUUCGGAUCCGAUUACAAAACUAUCUAUGUUCUCUCCAACGGAGCCGUAGGUUUUGAAGCUAGCUCUAGAUCCUACAAAUCCGGAAUCCUUCCUGGAUCUACACGGUUCUUGGCGCCAUUCUGGAAUCGUAAUGAUUUGAGGAACGGAGGAAAAGUGUACUAUCGAGAGGUGACAAAGGGAAGAGUUUUGGAGCGUGGACAAUCGGAAAUUCGUUAUCAGUACGAUAAGAAUGUGAAGGUGAAAUCGGCUUUGAUUAUCACUUGGGACAAAAUGCAGCCUUUGAAUACGGCGGCUCUUCCAGAAGAGAACACCAACACAUUCCAAGCUGCCAUUUUCAUCACUGCUAAUGGAACAUUUGCCAACUUCAUCUACAGUAACAUCGGAUGGACACAAGGCGCCGAGGCUGGAUUCAAUGCUGGUGAUGCAACAAAUCACUUCAAACUUCCCACUUCUGGAACCCCAAAUAUUAUGUAUUUGGAGGAGUACGGUAACACUGGAAUUCCCGGAGAAUGGAUGUUCGAGCUAUCAGAUUUGAGAGUUAUCAGUUGUAAAUCUGGAAUCAAGGGAGACACUUGUGAUCAGGAAUGCUCCAACGGUGAAUGGGGACCAGACUGUGCAUACUGUUGCCAUUGCUCAGAAGGAACAUGUCACCCGAUUUCUGGAGAUUGUCCACGUGGAUGUGCCACAUGCUGGGACGGCGUCGCCUGUCAAACCAGACAAGAAAAGUGUGCAACAAAGACUCAAUGCGCAUCCAAUGCUCUAUCCUUCAAUGAUUAUGAUCGUUGUGGUGAGCCGAUUCAACGUUGCCAGUGUUUGAAUGGAUACAAAGGAGAUGGUUAUAACAAUUGUGAAGACGUCGAUGAAUGCAGAGCCAACUCAACGAUAUGUCAUAAAAAUGCAGUGUGUACUAAUACUCCUGGAAGAUAUUUCUGCAUGUGUAAAGAGGGAUUCAGUGGAGAUGGACAGAAUGAUUGUUCCCAGUCAUUCCUCUUCCAAUACGAUACACACCAUCAACUUCCACGAAAGAAGAACUCAAAAAUGGAAUGGAAUUUGAAGAAACCAAUGAAAAUCUUCGGAGAGAAUACAGAAAAAUUAACAGUGACAUCAACAGGAUUGAUUGCUGUCAAUGAGGUUAACAGAUAUGGAGGUAGAUUAGAAGAUAUGCAAUUGGUUGGAAUUGCUCCAUUCUUUGGACCAAUUGAUUUAUCGAGAAAUGGAGCUGUUAGUGUAGAAGAGGUGGAUGAUGUGGAAGUUUUGAGAAGGGUGACAAGGACGAUUGCUGAGAACUAUAAUGAUCCAAGUUUCGAAGCAAAGAGUGCCCUAGUAGUUACUUUUUCAAAUGUGACUGAUGGAAGACAGUCGAAAGGCAACACAUUCCAAGCUCUUUUAAUAGACGGAUCUGGUGCUAGAAACGAAAAAAUGACAUUCGUCGAAUUAAUGUAUCGAGAUCUCCCAUGGGCAAGUGGAGCAGAAGCUGGAAUCCUUUCCUCCGAUGCUUCUUCCUCCAUCCUUCUACCAGCAUCCGGAACUGAGGCUAUCGCACAAUUAGCUAAGAAUAGUAACAUCAAACAACCAGGAACCUGGCUUUACCGUAUCGAUAAACCCCAACUCAUGCCAUGUGCUCAACCAAUUCAAGUUCCUCCCUAUUGUGACCAUCUUUUGAGUACUGCACCAAGACUCCCUUCAAAACUUCUAGAAGAGAAGAAGGAAGACUUGACACUUCCAUCUCCAGGAGCAUUCUUAAUUGAUCAGCCAUCAGAGACCAUCGUGCCAACUCUGGUUCGAGGGGGUGGUACUGUAACGAGAGGAAGAAAUUCGAACAAUGUUCUUACUGUAACAAGUGCCCCGAUUGCUAAUCAACCGAAACGACCAACUACAAAGGCUACGACUAGACCUCGUCCAAACUUCUCCAGUACUCCACAUCGUCCGAUUGUAUCCCUUUCGGAUGAAGACUUUGAAGUUGGACCAGAUGCUUUCGAAGUCACAUUCCCACCAUUUGUCACUGUUCAACCAGAACUCUUCCGUCCAAAUCAACGAGUCGGUUCUUCUCCAAAGUCUACACAAAGACCCCUUCCAGACUUUUCUAUCAAAACACCACUAAAAGAAGAAGUGUCCACAUCUACAGAAUCCACGACUUCUUCUCGACCAACUACUCUUGCUCCAGCUCAUUCUCCAAUCGAUGAGGAUAUGUCAGAAAAUGAAGAGUCACCAUUUGAAGCUGUCAACUUUACUGAUGACUUGGAAUCUUUGGAUAAUGCGUUCCGAACAACGAAGAAACGACCAGAUCUGACGCCACCACCAAAAGACCUUGUCGGAGAUGCUCAUGUGGUGGAAACUUCUGAAGAUGAAGAGACUACAACUACAACAACUAGUACUACAACAACGUCUACAACAAUGGCUCCAACGACAACCACGACAACAAUGGCAACUACAGAAGCGAGAAGCACAGAAGUGCCUCCAUCGAUAUUUGUGUUCACGACGACUCAGAAGCCACGACCUUCACAGAUGGAGAUCACACAACGGAGGAUCGUGCAACAACCAUCAGUGGUUGUGAACUCACAACUUCCGAAGCAGCGGAAUGAGCCAACAGUGAAUGUGGGUCACGCAGAUGAGCAGUCGUCAAGAAUGGCCAUCCUUCUACCAGUGAGCAUAAUCCUUGCCUGGAUGGUAAUCCUAGUUUGUAUUGGUGCCUACGUUUGUUAUAGGCGACGGAAUAGCUCUCGAGAAUCGUCUCAACUCCGUGCCAUGUACGGCGUCUCCUAUGGUAUCCGUCCGACGGCAUACGAGUCAAAGCGAAAGGAAUCCACGUAUGAGGAUCAUUUAGAAAGGGCGGCACGACUCGGCGGCCAACCGGCUACUCUUUCCGGUCAACAGGCAGGAAAGGUGUCGCAGUACGGAAGUUACUGGAACAUUCCACUCUCCAAUCAUUCACCAGCUCGUCUUUCAACACAAGAACGACAGUCUCCGCCGAGUUUUAUUAACAACGGGUAUACUAAUCAGACGCGGUACGCAUAUGCAGGGCACUAUUAA